GCGAUACCCAAACACUUUAUUGAGAAGCGGUCGGCGUUAUAUAUCAAUCAAGGGCUUACGCUAAAAUCCCCCUUUGCUUGACCUUUCUCCCAUCGGCCUCCUUCAUCAUCCAUGGCCUCUCCAUCUCAAGCAAGUCUCCUUCUUCAGAAACAGCUUAAAGAUCUCUGUAAAAACCCUGUUGAUGGAUUCUCCGCGGGUCUCGUCGAUGAAAGCAAUCUUUUUGAAUGGAGUGUCACAAUAAUCGGGCCACCUGAUACAUUAUAUGAUGGAGGUUUUUUCAAUGCUAUAAUGACCUUCCCACAAAAUUACCCUAAUAGUCCUCCAACAGUAAGAUUUACCUCAGAGGUUUGGCAUCCAAACGUUUACCCUGAUGGCAAGGUUUGUAUUUCAAUUCUUCAUCCCCCUGGCGAUGAUCCUAAUGGCUAUGAACUUGCAAGUGAACGCUGGACACCCGUCCAUACGGUAGAGAGCAUAGUUUUAAGCAUUAUAUCAAUGCUCUCAAGUCCAAAUGACGAGUCUCCUGCUAAUGUGGAAGCUGCGAAAGAAUGGAGAGACAGAAGGGACGAGUUCAGGAAGAAAGUUGGUCGAUGUGUGAGAAAAUCACAAGAGCUUAUGUGAAAUGGAUGUGGGCUUGUAUUUGAUCCUUUAAAAUCGUGCAUCGAUUUCAUGAAAUUAUGUAAGAUUAAAUUACUUUUUUUAUUUUUAUCACUCAAGCAC